UUAUUAUUAUUAUUAUUAUUACUAUUAUUUAAUUUGUUAUAAAAUCGAUAAUCCCCUGAGUAUCCCUUACCUCAAUAUAUUCUCAUUCUCUUUUUUUUUUUUUUCUUCCCAGUGUGAGAGCUAUGGUCUUAAAUCAUGCGAUAAUAUUACAGCCUUGUGAUUAAAAAAAAAGAAGACCUGCUUUGUUUAAUAUCUCAGAUUAGAGUACAGCACACAGUAAAAUCAUUCACUGAUUAUUUAGAUACGUUAGCUGUUAAUAGUUCAUAUCAAAAAUUGCUGUAAAACAAAAUGAACUGCUGAACUCGUGAGUGUGCGCUUAUCAGGGCAGUGCAAUGGGCGUGGUUAUGUAGUAUAUAGGCGGUGCUUUGGUAAAGGGGCGUGGUUUGUGUAGAGAAGGAGGGGCCGUGUGUUAAUGCAAGCGCGAGUCACAGCCUGAGCGCUACAGGCGUUAGGAGAUUAUGUGGUUGAGGUUUUCAUGUUUCCGUCCUCUCGCGUCACGUUCAACUUGGUUUUCUGGCGUCCCAGUGAAGUUCGUUAGCUGUUUACCAUAGGUACUUAGGGGUUUUGUUGUUGUUUGUAAAUAAUUCUUGAUCCAGGUCAGUGGAUAAGUUGCAUGCGCGUGCGGCGAGAGCGCUUGAGAAAGUGAAGCGCGCGAGGAACAGGGCGAAGAGCCGAAGGGAUGGUGGACAACUCCAGCAGCGACAAGACUCAAAUGGAGAGCAGUUUAGGAGGCAGCGUUUACCCUCAGGGAGGUGCAGCGGGGGUGAAGCUGGAAGCCGUGAUGGAGCAUUUGCAGCGGCAGCAGCAGGCGCGUUUGGAGAUGGAGCGUAAGGAACGGCGCUUGCGCGACGCUCAUCUGAUGUACGCUCAGCAAGUGGCUGCUCAGCAUGCCAUCCUGGCGGCGGCUCGAGUCUCGGCACUGGGAAACAGCGGUAAAGCCCAGGCGCACGGGGUUGCCCUGGACGAAGUCGCCCGGGGUAGGGACUCGGGCGACGACGACGACGAUGUCGAUGCCGAAAACGAUGACGAAGAGGAACCGAUGGCUGAUGAAGGCAGCGACGAAGACGAGGAGGACGGCCCAGUGAGCGGGCUGGAGUUUUUGCGCAAGCAGACGCUGGCGCUGCAGCAGAGCGCCAUGGCUAGGCAGUUUACCGGCUACGCUUCUGGCACUGCAGCAGCCACCAGGAUUCAGACAGACGACUCAUCUCCCGUCAGGGUCAAAGAGGAGCCGGAGGACGACCUUUCGCCUGCUGGUCCGCAAACCGCCACAUCUCCAAACGGACAGGCCGACUGGGGCUACGACGAACACUUCAAACAGAACGGCAGUGGUGUGUGGGGAGAGGAAUCGGACAGCAACAGAUCGAGAGGAGAGGCCUCCAGAGACUUCGCCAAGUUGUAUGAGCUGGACAACGACCCCAACAGGAAAGAGUUUCUGGAUGAUCUCUUCACCUUCAUGCAGAAAAGAGGAACCCCGGUGAACCGGAUCCCCAUCAUGGCCAAGCAGGUGCUGGACCUGUACAUGCUCUACAAGCUGGUGACGGAGAAAGGAGGCCUGGUGGAGGUCAUCAACAAGAAGAUCUGGAGAGAGAUCACCAAGGGCCUCAACUUACCCACCUCCAUCACCAGCGCCGCCUUUACACUCCGUACACAGUAUAUGAAGUACCUGUACCCGUACGAGUGUGCACGCAAAAGCCUGAGCUCUCCCAGUGAGCUCCAGGCCGCCAUCGACAGCAACCGGCGAGAAGGGCGUCGCCCCAGCUACAGCAGCAGUCUGUUCCGCUUUAGCUCUUCCCCUAGCUCCGCCCCUCACAUUCUCUCUCCUCCCAAAAUGCACCUGGCUGCUUUGGGUGCCGGAGCUGCAGCAGCACUGAACGGCCUGCAGGGGGCAUCAGUAAACUCACUCAAGGCUCUGGAAGACGCCGCCCCGUCUCUGCUGGCGGCUCGCGCCCCGGCCAUGGCUCUGGCCCUGGGGCCACAGCAAGUGGCAGGACUGGCUCGGGCGGCCACACUGGAGCAGCUGAGGGAAAAGCUGGAGACCGGUACAGGACUCGGAGUCUCCGAGGGGCCGGAAAGGAAGAUGGCGCGUCUAGCCGAGGAGCAGCAGAGACUCAUGCAGCAGGCACUUCAACACAACCUGCUAGCCAUGGCAUCCAACAUGCCCAUGAACCUGCGCAUGGGUCUGACACCAAGAGAAGAUAAGCACGACCUGGCCUUGAGCAUUUCCUCCACAGGGUCCGCCAGCAUCAGCGUAUCUGUAGAGGUGAACGGCGUCGUCUACUCAGGAACUCUGUUUGCUCAGAAGCCUGCGUCGGUGGCUGCGUCUUCUGCAGCCAGCAUGUCGUCCGUGACGCCCAGCACCACCUUCACCUUCCCCAGCCACAGCCCGUCCUCCUCCACCUCCUCUUCCUCUAAAGGUCCCAGCUCGGCCGAGCCGUCCACCAGCGGCUCACCGUAGCGGAGGACGAGGCCUCUGCCGCCCAGGCUUCAGCCUCUUCCUCCAGGCCUAGGCACGACCGCAACACGCCUCGCACGGAUGUUUUAAAAAAAUCAGACUGUUACACAACCAGUACCUCAUUUACUUCCUGUCAGCCUUGGCUGUCUAUACAUGUUCAGACAUAUUUAAUACACACACACACACACACACGUACAUACACACAGACAUGCACAAAAUACUCAUUCACAAACACUGUGCUAAAUAAAACGCUAAACACAAUCCGGGCAUUCAGCCAAAAAAUCAACUGACAGGUGUUCAUUACAGAACUUGAAGAUUUUUAUUUAGGAGGGGGGAAAAAAAUGCUAUUUUGUUUGUCUUCUGAUUUUUUUAUUAUUAUUUUUUCAAAUAGAUUUUUUUCCUCGUCUUGUUUUUCCUCCCUCUUUUUACAUAUUUUUACACACCGAGCAAUCUGCAACGGUUGAAUAUUACAAUAAUAUCUUUUACCUCAGGAGCCGUAGGAAAUACUCUAGCCGAGUGAAUUUUAUUCGAUUUUUUUUUUUUUUUUUUAAAAGAGGGGAUUUUCUCGCCCGGUCCUCGUCGUGUCUCUAUACGAUCACUCUCCUCUGAGCCUAAAACCUCAUGACCAGCUGCCUCGUCGUUGGGCGUUAGACCCGGUUUUAUACCUGAAGCGUAACUACGCGUGUGCUUGCGAAACACAGCAACGUGAGCGACGUUAUUCGCACGCUCGCCUGCAUACUUUAUGUACUCGGGAACGAUUCAAACUAACGUCCACUAGGGGGCGCGUCCCUGUCCGUCAAGUUUAAACGUGUCACGAUUCCACAGCAACAGUUCUGGGACACGCGCUUCUGCAUAUCCUUACACUGACAAAUAUUUACUAAUCUAAUAAAAGAAAAAAAUCCGUCAACCCGAAUCCAUUUUCAGUUCAAACAGUAACCUUAAUUAAGGACUACAUUUAGUGAACGCGAUUAGAGAGACGGUUCUGGUUAUUUGAAAUCCCGUCACGUCACACUAUACACACCCGCUUCUAAAACGGCGGCCGUUUUUGCACAAUUUAAAAGCGCGUAUAAACCCAAGGUUUGGGCUUGAGAAGACGACGACGACGACGUUGCGGUCACGGAGACGUUACGGCUUGCGAAACGAGCCGGAGCUUCGACUCGAACUUAAGACGCCCGUGAGCCGUGUGCCCACGGUGUGCGUUUACACUGACCAGCAACUCCGCUAGCAGAAAAUACCUCGAACCAGUCGCUAAAUAUGAGGAGAUGUACAGUAAACGUGCGGUGUUCUCAAGAAUGAGUGCAGUAUUUCUGUGUAAUGCUACUCGUCAUAUCUCGUCCAGUCUGCGGCCUCGGGCGGGCUUUACCGCUUCGGACUGGGCCUUUAACCGUUCGUGAGCUUUUAGACGUGUCACGAACCUACCUCAUCGUCAUUCAGCUGUGGAUUUCGGACUUCUUAUUUGACUUUUGUUAUGUUUUGUUUGGUAGGGCAGCACCCAGCAUGACUGGUGCGAAGCUGUGAUAGCUCUGAGCUCACGCAUAGCUCUGAUAGUCCGUACAUAGCUCAGCUCGUGAAUCACUCUGAAAGCUCUGAUAGCUCUGAGCUCGUGCAUAGCUCUGACAAAUGGUCACUAUAUAUGCUGUAGGACAAUCACCGAAGAUGGCGUCGGAGCGACGAGCGACCGAAUCGCAGCCCAGAGCCAGACGCUCUCGAACCUGCACGCCGACGAGACGCUGGAAUAUAUCAGAGUCCGGUUGAAAUAGUGUCGAGAACCCGAGAGUCUACGUCUCGACCGUUUGUGUUUCUAGAUUAUUUUUUUUUUCUUGUGGUUUUCUUUCCUUGUGUGUGAAACGCUGUAAAAUCAAACGCUGUCAAAUAUCGCAUUGGUCUUUUGCCUCUCGUCGUGGGAAGGCAGCUUUCUCAGGAACUACUCUGACAGUCAGUGAAACACAUCGUUCUUCUUCUUCUUUGAGAAAUACCUCAUGCUCUCUGAUGGAGACACUAACUAACGGAGCACGGACCAGAAUGCCAUGAAUUCCCGCCGCCCGUCUCCAAAAUCGCCCAAAUGUCCUCGGGGCUACCUCUCUCACGUCGUCUCGUCCUUAACGUUCUGCUUUCUCUGCAUUCGUACAAUCACGGUGGUGCAUUCUGGAUCGUUUGCACAGCUGGAUACCAAAGAGCAGCUCGCUUUCUUUCUCUCUUUCUUUCUUUCCGUCUGUCUGACUGUAACCCCGAGGUACAGUACAGCGCGCCCGUUGCCUCGGUGGCUUUGACGCGCAGUGAAGUUUUCUCCAAAACUGAACUCUAUGGAUGCCAUUUCGUACAAUAUCCGUAGAGGAGAGAUUAAUAACGGAGCCCCUCGUCUAUCGACACGGUGCCGGUGCUGCUUUUUACGAGCUUUUUAAACCGGUUCGAAACCCGAACUGUAGUUAGUCUCUCGACUUCCUUAAAAGAAGGAAAUCCACGUUUUAGUUCGGAAGAACGCAGGACGGCGCUCUAGCGUAGUUUUGUUCGCGCCGGCUGCAGAUUCACGUCUGCGACGCUUAAACGUCCGGCGUCUUCUACCCGCUCGAGUUCUAACGUAAAGCUGUUCCUCGGAGAGCAGGAUUCGACUUGUGAAGGCGCGUCGUGUAAGAAAGAAGUCGCCUCGUCUCUCGUGGGUGUGUAGCAACCACUACUUUGCGAAGCGACAGUAAGCGACACGCACAUCCGACAACCCGCUGUACGACCACAGCUUCGUACUAGCGUCGUCGAGAGAUUACCGAGCGAACCGCACGAGCCUCCUGACGCGUGGAUGAUCUCUGCUACUCGCUUUUGAAGCUUUGGUCAGAACAGUUCGACGGUACCGAGUCUAGAACCAGCACCAGGAUCUUGUCGAGAGAGGAAAGGGGAUGUUCGGAGCGGAGCGGAGCUGAUCUGUUGGUUAAUAAUGCUCGGAUUAAAUAGUUUAGGAGAUCGUUUAAGUCGAGGUCUGAAACGUAUCGCUUUUAUGAGGUGUGUGUGGGGUUUUUUUGUUUGUUUUGUUUUUUAAACAUGAAAACACUGAAGGUGCCGAAAGAUGUACACCACGUAGUGUUGUCUCACUCGCUCCGUCUGGCGAAACUCAGGAAGUACAUUUUGCCAAACACCUCAAACCAUCCUUCCUGAAAACUUCACCUUCCUUUAAAUGCUCACCUGCUGCUUGUGAAUGAUCUGUGCUUCUCCAUGCUGCUGAUCUAAAGCAUCAGAUUUGUGAAUCUAAUAUUUUGCUUCCCCCCCCCCCCCCACACACAGAGCAGUUUACAGCCGUGACGCUCGUCUCAUGGGGUCCAGUGAGUCUUUUUUUUCUUCUUCUUCUUCUUCUUUUUCUUUAUACAGUCAGGGAAAAGUUCGGCGCUCGAAUGAACUGCUGCUGUUAGAGGACGCUGUAGUUGCCUUAAUCGCUGGAGAGACCAGGACGGGUUUCAGGAUUUCUCCAGAACAGAAUGUCGAGGCUCUUUUCUUCAAGCUUUUGAAGAGAAUCGUUUGUCGAGUCCAGCCGCACAAAAUACAAUCAGCGCCUCACACCGUGUCGGGCAUAUUUAUAUAUUUUACAUUUAUGUGAACUGGUCUAACAGGUUAUACAUAUUUGAGUAGAUUUUAAAGACCUCCUGGUUUUGAGUGUGUGUGUGUGUGUGUGUGUGUGUGUGAGUGUGAGUGUGAGAGAGAUCAUUUGCACAUUAGAUGAACAGGUUAUAAUAGUUAAAACAUUAGUCACUUUAUCAUCCACAAUCCAUCGCCGCCAGGUGUUCUGCUGAUCACCAGCCUUUAGAUGGUGCUCAAGUACAAGAUGUAUUCAGUUUACAUUAAGGAAGUGUGUGUGUGUGUGUGUGAGUGUGAGAGAGAGAGAAGCUGCUCGACUGUUUUUAACACGCCCUCGUCUACUUCCACAUUAUGAUCAUAUAAAAAAACAAUGUCCCUAAAAGUACUUUAGUUCAAUGAAUCCUUUACCCAGAAUGCACUGCAGUCUCAAACGUAUAGGAACCGCAGUUUGACUCUUUGAUACCGACGUCCUCACAGAUCCCGAGCCAAAUCUCUGCGAACGUCUACGUUAGCUACGGGAAAUGUCCGAGGCGUGACCGUGUACUUCACGAGAUGGCCGUCACGUGGUUUACGUCUCAAGACGUUUGGCUUUGGAAACAAUCCGAUACGUUUCGUCGAUAAACGUGACCAAGAACCGAAUAUUUUUUUUUUUUACAGUCCGCAAACACAUGACGUUAACUUCUUCACGAAACAUGAUUGUUUUUUUUUUUGUUGUUGCUGUUUUUGCGUCCAGUGCCUUUAUCGUGAUCGGAAACACUCGUCCGAGAGUUUUCUCACGUGAGAAUCAGCUCGUGUCGGUGCAGAGAGCCAAUCAGGUUGCAGCCUUUAAACAUCGUGGAGCUUUUCGCCGCCGAGGAAAAGUGUACACGAUAUAUAUAUAACAGGAACGGAUCUUUACCCAGAAGGCGUCGCGGUCUCAAACGUAUAGGGAUGCACCAACGGACGUUUCGGCACAUGAGAUCGCAGAGAGCCAAUCAGAUUGCAGCGUCAAAGAUUCUGAAGCUUGUGGCCAGAAGAGUGUACAAAAGAUCUCCGAGUCUCUGUAUGCAGUGACCUGAAAUUUAACAGCGUACAAUACUCGUACUGGUGCUCCGUACCGGAUCGGCGCAUCGCCGGAUUCGAGAUGCCGCCGAUUUCCGUUUGAAUCACUAUAAAUAAAUCACAACUGCGAAUCAUCAAGAUUUACGAUGAGUCAAUCUACAGUGUUGUUGCUGGCCCAGGGUUGAGUGUGUUCCUGUUGAGAAAUCUUAUUGCUCACUACACACACCUCGACGUUUCUGAUCCAUCACAGAGUCAGCGAGGGCGUGUUGAAAGCAGAAGCUACAUCAGCAGCUGUGUCACCAUUUCACCUCGACUCCACAUCUGUCUGUGUAUUAUACAUGCAUAUGCAACUGGUUUAUGGAAUACCUCAUUUGUCUUCUUCGAGUUUCGUUUUUUUUUUCCAGGGGUUUUUUUUUUUGGUUUUUUUGCUUAAAGUUGUACAACGGUCGCUUCACAAAACUGAACAAUGGUCCUUGUGCAUAUUUUUGUACUGUUGUUGUUGUUAUGAUAUUAUAAUGCUGUUAUUGAUCUAAUUAUAAUGAUGAUAUUACUGAUGUUAGGUUUUCUUCUUCCUUUUCUAAUCACAACGAGAUUUACGACAAGACUCACGUGAACGCUUGUAAAACUGAUGUGUGCUGAUUGUAUUCAAAAGUGGAGCACUUUGU